GACAGGAAGUUAGCAUGCAUGUGAUCUUUGGACCCAGACAAGUGAACCAUGAAGCCGACCACAAAUACACCACAGCAAAAAGCUAAAAACAUUUAUACUUAAAGCAAACUUAAACUUUCAAAAUGGCAGAAGAAAUGGUAACAUUAGAUUGGUCCAAUGAAGAGGAACUUUUAAAAGAAGAGGAAGAAGAAGAAAAGAAAGCUGAAGAAGCAGCCAAGGAAGACGACAAAAAGACAGAUGAUCAAGUUUUGACAGAAGAAAAAAAAGAUGAAUCCAUGGAUACAAGUGAAAACAAAGAUUCUGAAGAGAAAAAGGAUGAAUGGGUGAAAACACUAUUGACAUAUGUAUUGAGGGGACCUGUAAAGGUGACCAAUUUGCAGAUCAAAGAUUUGUCAUCUAGGGAACUUCAGGGUGUGUUGCACAAGUCAUUUAAUACACAAAUAGAUUUUCAAACAAAAAAAGGAACCAUACAUUUAAACUUUUUACCAAAUAAAGACAGAUAUGCUAUUGAUAUCUUGAAGAGAUUGGCGAGGUUUCAGCAUGCCAACAAGGAAGUGAAAAUACAAUGUUCCCGAUCUGUAGCUGCUUUACUUGGAUUUGAAUUAAGAAGACUAGGUGUUGGGCCGGCACCACCAGGAACACUUCAAUUUGAUAAAGUAUUAUUUCUUUAUGAUAUUCCACCUGAAACUACUGAAGAAGUUCUCAGAGCAAUGUUUGAUUGCCCAAUUUGCAUAAUCCCUCUUGAUGAAGAGGGCAAUAACAUGGGGGCAGCAUUUUUAGAAUUCCGUUCGAAGAAGGCAGCUAAAGGAUGCCAUACUGACAACACAGAUAUCGAGAUUGGAGAAGUCAAGUGCAAGUUGUAUAAUAGAUACCUGGUUGGUGGAACCAAAGAUGAAGAUGAUGCUUAUGAAAAGGAAGAGAAAGAAAAGCAAAAGAAAGAACAGGAUCGUAAAGCAAUGGCAGGACAGAAAAAAGUUCAGAACCAACCAAGAGGGCGUGGUGGUACUGGAAAAGCUAACAACAAAAGACAGGCUAUAAAACAGAAAUUCAAUCAAGCAAGACAAAUGGGAGCAUUUGGAGGACGACAAGGAGGAGGAAACUAUGGGGGCAGUGGUGGAAACUAUGGUGGUGGUGGUGGUGGAAACUAUGGUGGCAGUGGUGGAAACUAUGGUGGUGGCAUGGGCGGUGGACGAAUGAGUAAUAUGAGCAACGCAGAUCAAGGAGUUAGUCCAAACUUAAUGAUGAAUCAGAUGAUGGCUAUGAUGAGGAUGAGUCAGAACAUGGGAGGAGGAGAAGGUAUGGGAGGAGGUAGUGGUGGUGGUGGUAUGGGUCGAGGCAUGUCCAGGAUGGGUAACCAGAGAGCAAUGUCUGCUGGAGGAGGAAUGGGUGGCGGAAGAAUGGCAUAUGAUGAUUAUGGCGAUUAUGGUGGAUUUGAUGAUUAUGAGAGUGGAUAUGGACAAGGAAGAAAUAUGGGUGGUAUGGGAAACAUGGGAGGUGGAGGAGGAGGCAUGGGUGGAAGAAGACCACAGAGCUUGAUGGGUAACAACAGAAGGGGAUCAUUUGGAAGUGGACCAAACGACCAGAAAGAUUCUGUUGUGGACUUGUUUGAGUCAGCCCUUGAUGCAGUUGAUAGUCAAAUAGUAGGCAGAGGUAACCCAAGGAAUCUAUCAGGAGGAAGAGAUAGCAGAAAUCCUGGAAAUGCAGCGACAUUAGGAAAGAUAACUAGUCUUAUGGAUACUGAAAUGGGAAUGAGAGGUAAUUCUCAAAGUCAAAGAGGGAAGUUUGAUACUCCUGCUAAUCAAAGGCUUGCUAAACUUGCUGGGAGUUAUAAUGAGGAAGAUUUACACAUGGCUGGUGGUAGUGAUUUUGGUGCAGGGCCUAAUAUACAUAUUGGAUAUGGUGAUGAGACGUAUAAUGACAGAGGAAGCAAUAGGUUAACACAGAGAGGAGGCAAUGAUUUUGGUGAUUCAGGUGGUAGAGAUCAGUUUGCUGAUAGACUCAAUCAAGGUUACGGAGGCAUAGCAGAUGAGGUAAACAUGGAUAAUUAUAAUCGAGGUUCUAAAACAAGUAUGGAUGCUGGCUAUAGACAGACAAUGGAGAGUGGUAUGGGUGGUGGUCAAUACGACGAUUAUGUUAGAGAUACUGGAGAUGAUUAUAGUAGAGGGGAUGAUUUUAACCCGAGGCGUAGGGACAACAUGCAUCGUGAGAUGGUCGACACUUACCAGCAGAGGAGAACAAAUGUAGGUUCAGGUUACAACGAUAAAUCAGACCUGAUGAGUAUUGAUAGAAAUCAGCCGAUUAGUUAUCCAGAUAUAUACAGCAGUAAGGGAUCCUCUGGUAUGAGUGAGAUGUUUUCACCCAAGAAACGUAAAUUUACAGAAGAACCAAUGAAAAGAACAUAUAAUGAUUAUUUGAUGGAUACAAGCAUGCAAGAUUCCUUACGGGAUGAUUCAGUAUUCAAGAAACCAAAUAUGUCACUAAUGGCAGGUAGAAAUCAAAAUCAGAGAGCAAUGGGAGGACAAAAUAACCAGAGAGGGAGAGGAGGACAAAAUAAACAGAGAGGUGGAGGAAGAGGUGGUCCAAUGCCAUUGAUGGGGUCAUUUUCAGGGAGGAAGACAUAUUGAAGGGUUUUCAGUCAAAAACUACCAAGACCCCUGAGUUUUUUGUGAACGAUAAGACACUGUUAACUUUGUAUGUGAUAAUCAUGGAGGCUGAAUUAAAUUGGUUUUCAUACAGAUUCCUUAACUUACAUAUAACAGCUGCAGUAAGUUAUUAAGUUAACAUUUUGUUUACCCAUUUGUAUGAUUUUUAUAUUUUAAUUCAUCUAUGAAAUAUUGAAAAGCAAACAAAUAAUUCCAGUUCUGUAAGGUUUAAUUUAUAUAAAAAAAUUUAAACCGAAAUACUCAGAACAGAUAUAUUUGAUUUUAGGACAUGAUAGAAAAAAUAAAAAGAGUGGAUUUUUCAAUUAUUCAAUAUGGUACUUUGCUAUAGAAACUUUUCAUUAUAUUUUAUCAUUGUGAACAUUUCAGUGUUGUUAUAUUUAUUCAUUUACACACUUCAUUAUUUACAUACUAUUAUAUUGAAAAACAUAGGCUGGAUUCUUUAUAAAGAACCUUUUUAUAGGUUUUUUUUACUUGAUCUGUAAGAGGGAAACAGACUCUAUCAUUUUUUUGUGAUUUUAUUGAUUUACAUUUUCUAAAUGGUGAUAUAUGUAUUGGUUUUAAAAUAUAUAUGAUUUUAACCAUGACCAUGAUUCAUUGUUGUUUACAGCUUUCAAUCUAAACAUUUUUCAUUUUGACAUGAACUUAAGCUAAAUAUCUUAAAUAUGGAAAAAAAAAUGUUAAAAAAAUAAAUUUGAACAAAGCUGUAAACAAUUAUGAGCCAUUUUUUCAAGAGUAAAAUUAAAAUUAUGAAAUUGUAGUGAAACAUAAAUAUACAAUAUCAGUUUAAAUAUUGUACAUGCAAGAUCUAUACAAAAUAUUGUACAUGCAAGAUCUAUAUACAAAUAUUGUUAUUUCAUGUUUUAUCAGUCCAUUUUGGAUUUUAUACAAAAAUUAUUUUGCAAUCUGGAUUCUGACAUUGCAAUAUUUAUUUAUCUGUAGCAUUGAUUAUACAAUAAAUAAACAGUAUUGGUUAAAUUGUAAAAACCAAUUUGAGACUAAUGUGAAAUGUAAUGCAGGUUUUGUUUCUUAGAAAAAAAGAACUAUUUUAGGUUCCUUGACUUUGGUUUAGGUUAACCUCAUUCAAGUUUUACAUUGAAUUUUCAAUAUAUUUUAAUCCGAAACAACAAAAAUAUUUCUGAAAAUGAGUUGCCAAAGGGUCCAUUCUUCUUGAUGAUAAUUGUUCAUUGUUAGAAACACUUGUUGUUCAGACAAUUACAAUAAAAGUACCCUUUUAUUAUUGUACAUGACUGAAUCAUUAAAAGAUAUUGUGUAGAAUGAAGCAAACUCUGUAAUCAUAGCCUACCUAUGUUUUCUGUUGUUUUAGUAUUUUUGAUACAUACACUCGACCAAUCAUUAGACUUUUUUUUCAUUAUCAAAUAAAUAUUAUUUUGUUUGCACUUUACUGUUAUAAAGAAACUUAAAAAUGAAUAUUGCUUAUGUUUAUUACCUGUAUUAUGAUGUAUUAUAAUAAAGAAAAUGAAUUGA